AUGUCUAUGAAUGAUGAUAGCUUUUUAGAUGAUGACGAUGAUGAUGAUAUCCUGUUAGAGUUGGGUUCACGUCCACCAAAGAUAGCAACACAAUUCUUUUCCACCGCUCCUACACAAUUUCUUCCUGAUACGAAACCAUCAUCACAAGAACAGCAACAACAAACUGCUCCUAGUGACAAUGACAACGUUGAUUCCGACUUAAAGAUGGAAUUGACUAAAGCUCAAGGUGAAGCAAGUAUGCUUCGUGAUAAGAUCAAUCUUUUGAAUCAGGAAAGGGAACUCGAAAAGCAAGCACAGAAGAGUAAUAAAGAAACUACAGAAUCUUCACACAAACAUAAACUGGAACAGUUACAAAAAGAGAUUCAGUAUCUGCAGGAUGAAAAUAAGUUCUUGAAUUUAGAGUCUAAAAGAUUGUCCAAUUAUAAUAGAUCAAAACAGAGAAUUUCAAGAUCAGGAACUCCAGACACAGCUAAUACCAGUAAUGUAACGGAUACUAUAACUACAACAACAACCUCUGCUACAAAUAUUUCAACUGCAACGAUUAGUACAGCAUAUACAUCACCACUUGUAAAGAAACGUAAAAUAGAAGAAUCAACUCCAGUUCCAAGAAAGAAUUAUAUAAGCAUUAAUCCAACUAGAGUUACUCCAGAUGAAACAAGUGAAUUCUUUGAUACUUUAAUGUUACACAAGAUAUGCGGUGUUGAAUUAACGACUAUAGAGAUACUAAGAAGGAUAAAGCUAGGACAUAUAGAUACAUUCCAUCAUGGUUCUUUAAUAAUUAAAACAGAUGAUUCAAUUGGUGACGCCAUAAUAGAUUUAUUAUUAAAACAUAAAAAAAGUGCCAAGUUGAAUAAUUUCAUAGAUACACUUUUAGAACAUGUUGGUAGUUUGAUAAUACAAAUUUCAAUGGAUAAGAAAGAAUCAAAUUUAGCGGUACCAUUCUUGAUUGUAUUAAUGCAACAAAGUAUGAUAUUUAGACCCAGUGCAGUACCGUAUGUGGCAUUAAAGGACAUUUUCAUUUUUGCCUGUGAUUUAAUAAAAAAAUUCCAGCAUGUAUUAAAGGAAUCAUUGCAUGAAUCACCAUUCGAAUUAUAUGUAGAGCCCCAAAUUUUCCAAUAUGAACUUAUUGACACAUUAAUAGUCUUUUAUUCCUUUGAUAUGCUCGAGACAUCAUUACGAAUUUUGCAAUCACAUCAGGUAGAUGCUAUCAAAGGAUUUUUUGAUGAAUCAACAAUGAAAUCAAUUGAGUACAUAUACAAGACAACUUUGGCUUUAUCGUUUAAGACAAAAACCAAUGUUAUAUUUAAUACGGUUGAAAUAUUGAAUAUACUUUCGACCAUGGCUUUAAUGGUGUCAAGUAAUGGUAAUUUAAUUGAAUAUAAAUGGUGGUCUGAUUGUAUAAUUAGGCUAUUUAAUGUACUGAACAAAGAGAUUGAUAAUCGAAAAUUAUACGAGGAGGAUAAUACUAAUUUGUAUCUUUCCAGAUUUGAUGAUUUUUAUGGGUUAAUAAGGAAUAUUGGUAACAAUUCUAUCGGUAGAGUAAUUGUCAAGCUAAUUGAUGGAGAUAAGUUACAAAGUAUCCCCAAAGUAAUUUCAAAAGAUGACUUAACAUUUGACACUGAAGAUAAUUUUAUGAAUAACAAUGAGCUUGAGAAGUGGUUUCUAGAAUUAAAGGAAACUAUUUUGAAUAUUAUAGAUAAUUUGAUGAUAAUAUAUUCAAAUGAACGUGAUAUCAUCAAUCAUGAAUUAUUAAAACAAAUGGUUCAAAUGCUAACAAAGGAACAAAAGUUCAUGAUAGAGAAGAAAAUUGGGCAGUUGUCUAUGAAUCUAGGGCUUAGAUGUGAAAUAAUUGAACAUUUAAUAAGUAUAGUAUACAACAUAUUAAUGAAUCAUAAUGACAAAUUAGGGAAGGAGAAUGUUAAGGAUAUAGAAAGUGAAUUAAUUCUGGCAUUGUGGAGGAUUGUAGCGUCAUAUGUAAAGAAACCCAAUGAAGAUGAUAUAAUGGAUAAUGUGCAGUUAAUAGAUAAAUUGUAUGAAAUGAGGAUAAGCGAUGAGAUUGAGGUGUUUGACGAAUCGAUGGAGGAUAUGCCAGAAUAUAUGUUACAAGAAUUAAAGCAUGAUUUAGUUGAUAGAGCACCAAGAAUCAUGCAAUUACAGUAUAAUAAAAUAUAUCAGGAAAUGGCAAGGGAGAUAUUAGAAGCACUAGACAUAUCCUUAGAAGAGAUGGACUCGUUGUAUGUGGCAAUGGGUGUGUAG